GUGGCGAAGCGUCCCAGCUCGCCUAUAGAAUGCCAGGACGGUCGGUCCCUGCUCCACCUUGCCCCCCCCCCCCCCGGCGGGGGGGGGCCACGGCGGCGCCGCCCGCCCGUGGCGGCGGCCGCUGGGCGCCGCGCCCCCCGCCAUGUCCUACGACGCGCCGUACGCCGUCGAGAGGACCGCGGGGGCGGGCUCGGGGCCGGACGAGGAGCCCGAGGAGGAGGCGGCCGACGCCGCCGUGGGGCAGGCCGGAGGGCCCCUUCGGGCGCAUCCUGACGGACGUCGGGGUCGACGGCGCCAGCUACAUGGACGGCCACCUCGCCUACAACGGCGCCCUCGACACGCCGAAGCGGCUGCGCCGCCUCGACUACUUCGAGCGGCGGAACGCCGGGGUGCAGGCGCCGCGGCGCGGAGGAACUGCAGCGCCUGGCCCAGAGCGGCAGGGGCCCAGAGGCGAAGCCGGGGCCCCCGGCGCGACCAGAAGUCGGACCAUCCCGGCAAUCGGGCAGAGGAGCACGCCGGCUCCAGCUGCCGCCCGCGGCCAAGCCGCGACCGGCGCUCGGGCCCAUCACCGGCGCAGCCGCGCGCGGCGGCGCGCGCCCGCGACCGCGCGGCGUCGGCCGGCGCGCUCCUGCCGCCGAUCGGGCCGCAGCGGGGGCCGCGCGCGUAGGCUCGCCGUUGGGGGGGUCGGUAGGCGCGGCGCUCCGGCGGCGGCGUCGUGUGCCGCUCGGAGAGGUCCGAGGGCGCGCGCGCGCGGCGCUGGCGUCGGGAGGUUUUCGGCAGGACAAGCCAGGGAUUUUCAGGAGGGGAA